AUGUCGUCUCUCGUUGCCCCAGGCUGGUUGAGUCGCGCUUCAAAAGCCGCCGACACCAAUACGUACGCCUCCGAGACCACCGACGCCAAGGCCUACGCCUCCAAGGCCACCGACGCCAAGGCCUACGCCUCCAAGGCCACCGACGCCAAGGCCUACGCCUUCGAGGCCACCGACACCAAGGCCUACGCCUCCGAGGCCACCGACGCCAAGGCCUACGCCUCCGAGGCCACCGACGCCAAGGCCUACUCCCCCAAGACCGCCAACUCCAAGGCCUACUCCCCCAAGGCCGCCAACUCCAAGGCCUACUCCGCCAAGGCCACCGACACCAAGGCCUACUCCGCCAAGGCCACCGACUCCAAGGUCGACACCUUCAGCACCGGUGACUCCGAAGCCACCACCGCCUGGGCCGCCGUCACCACCACCGUACGACGUCAGUAA